CAUACUCUCUUAGACGCUCUCUUAGAGAGCAACAGAGAGACAAGAGAAAUAAAAGGACCAAUCUUUUUCUAGAGAGAGAAAGCUUUCGAGCCUUUUUAUUCGUUUCCUUUUCCUUUCAUUUUUUUUCCGGCGAAGGAAUAAGGAAGAUGUUGAAGAUCUCGUGCAAUGCGGCGGACCAAAUCCAAUCCUUAGCCCAAUGCCGUUUCUUCGGCCCACCCAAGUCCAGACCCAGGCCCGUUUCCACCUGCCGGAGAGACGGUGCGUCGUCUUGCUCUCCGACGACGAGGUGUCCGGUUCUCGCCGUCGUUUCCGACCGGAGCGGCGGCAUGACGGCGCAGGAAGCGACGAACCGGGUCGAGACCGGGCUGGGGAGCUUGGCGGACCGGCUGAGGCUGGGGAGCUUGACGGAGGACGGGUUGUCGUAUAAGGAGAAGUUCAUUGUGAGGUGUUACGAGGUUGGGAUUAACAAGACUGCCACUGUCGAGACCAUUGCUAAUCUUUUGCAGGAGGUUGGGUGCAACCAUGCUCAGAGUGUUGGGUUUUCGACUGAUGGCUUUGCAACAACGCCCACCAUGAGGAAAUUGCAUCUCAUAUGGGUCACCGCUCGCAUGCACAUUGAAAUCUAUAAAUACCCAGCUUGGAGUGAUGUGGUUGAAAUAGAAACAUGGUGCCAAAGCGAAGGUAGAAUUGGGACAAGACGUGAUUGGAUACUCAAGGAUUAUGCCACUGGUCAAGUCAUUGGAAGAGCAACGAGUAAGUGGGUGAUGAUGAACCAAGACACCAGACGACUUCAGAAAGUUAGUGACGAUGUUCGAGAUGAGUACUUAGUCUUUUGUCCAAGAGAACUCAGGCUAGCUUUUCCAGAGGAGAACAAUAGUAGUGUGAGGAAAAUACCAAAACUGGAAGAUCCUGCUGAGUCUUUUAAACUGGGACUUGUGCCACGGAGAGCUGAUCUGGACAUGAACCAGCAUGUUAAUAAUGUAACCUACAUUGGUUGGGUCCUGGAGAGCAUGCCUCAAGAAAUCAUUGAUAGCCAUGAACUGCAGACCAUCACCUUAGAUUACAGACGUGAAUGUCAACAUGAUGACAUCGUCGAUUCUCUCACGAGCGUGGAGCCGAUUGAGGACGGUGAAGCGAUCAAAGGGCUUCAAGGAACAAAUGGUUCUGCCUCAGCCACCGAGAGCCAACAAGAAGACUGCAGGCAAUUCCUGCAUCUACUGAGACUAUCAGGUGAUGGGCUUGAGAUAAACCGGGGACGAACUGAGUGGAGAAAGAAACCCUCCAGAUGAAGAAGUAAUAGUCUGCUCUACUAUGUUCUUGGUUUAGUCCGCUCUUAGUCUGUGUUUAUUGUCUUGUGUUGCUUCCAAUUUGUUGUUUUUUGUUAGGAGCUAGGUUAUCAAAAUUUCCUCUUUCUAUGGAUACAGACAUAACAAGAUCUGAGCCGUUGAUUAUAAUGAUUAAGAUAGAAAAUUUGAUAUAUCCACCUCAAAACUCAUAAAACAUUUAUUGUUUUAAUUUGUUAUCAUUAUUUUUUCCCUCAGUGUUAAGCUUUGGCUCGAAUUCUGUUCCUUGAGCUAAAGAUUGGUUUCUAUGAAGCAAACAUUGCACCAACUCCAAGUAUGUUACUAAAUUAUGAUGCCCAAAGGGCUUCUUCAA